UCGCAUGUUAUAGCUGCGCGAGGGAAACAUAUGAUAAAGGGAGAUGCAAUGACCACAGAAUGGGCAAGAUUUCAAUCAUACAUAAACUUUCCGAGGGAAUCAGUUGCUAGUCCAUUACGGUUGGCAAAUGCAGGAUUCUAUUACAGUGGAUCAGGAGAAGAAGUUGUAUGUUUUUGUUGUGGGCUGAGAACUGGUGUUUGGACACAGGAAGAGACACCAUUAGAUGUUCAUCAACGCCUUUCUCCACAUUGUAGGUAGGUUUAUUUGUGGUGAAGAAACUACUAAUGUUGCCGUUAAUGGAGAAAAUAGGCUGAAAUCAGUUACAAAUUGUUCAAAAGCUUCAGAUUUAACCAAUGACAAUAAACGACCAGUAACUAAAACGGUGUUGCAGCAGUCAGAAAACAAUUCGGGACUCAAUACAUGUCAGCCUACCCAGGCUGUCGAACAUGCUUCGAUUGAGACACCUUCACAAUCUUACCAAACUCAUAAUAAUGCAGCAACUAAUUUACCCGCUGCAAUUAAUGGACAAAUUGAACGUUAUCCAGGAAUAAAAGGUUCGAGACCUAAACAUCCCGACUAUGCUCUGUUCAGUGUCCGGCAAAGGUCAUUUUCAUUGUGGCCGGAAGACCAUGAAAUAGACCCAGUUAUUUUAUCCCAAGCAGGAUUUUACUUUACAGGAAUGGGAGAUUGUGUUCGGUGUUUUUUCUGUGGCGGAGGAAUGAAGAAUUGGCAGGGAGAAGACAACCCAUGGGUCGAGCAUGCAAGAUGGUUCCCAGAUUGUGAAUAUGUAAAACUCUGCAAGGGCAACUCAUUCUCCAACAUUUGCAAUGCUGCAAAGCUCUUUGAUAAUACCGUAAUAAAUGAGUCUCAACAACAUGUUGAAAAUAUUCCUGAUGAUCAGACCAUACUGGAUAUCAACUGUGUCGCCGCAAAAAUUGUUUUAGCCAUGGGGUAUACUCAAUUUGAUGUUGAAAACGGUCUCAUGUCAGCUCGUAAAAAAUAUGGUUCUUCCGAGAUGAAAGCAUGGUACAUUAUUGAAUAUUUAAAAGAAUUAAACAUAGAAGUACCGAAUAAGCAACAAACAGUCAGUGGAAAACCUGAAAUAACUGAACAUGAAAGUAAUGUGGCCUUCGGUGGAACUAGCAGUGUUCUAUAUAAAACAGUCAAUGACGUCUGUUUUAAAGAUACUAACACCAGAAUUAAAUCAGGUAAAUAUACAUUAGCUGUGAAAAACCGAAAAUUGAAGGCUCUGAUGACAUGUAAAAUUUGUUUGGACAAAGAGGCAGUUGUGGCGUUUCUUUCUUGUGGGCAUUUAACAUCUUGCGAACAGUGUGCAAAGUCUCUGAAAAAAUGUGCCAUUUGUCGAAAAGAUGUUGCAGCGACAGUAAGGGUGUAUCAGGCAUGAACGGGUCCGUUCUCGGAUGGUAAAUCAGUGC